GGAAUUGUUUGGACUUCGGGUGGGCUUUAUGCACAUUUUCCCGAUCGGAAACAAAAUUUUCCGAUUCUUUUUGCCUGUACGCGAAUGCACAGUGAGUCCGCUGCUACAACCCAGCGGUUGACGAACAUCCGGGUAUUCUGUCGAGAUGGUCAUGGCGGAGGGUACUGCAGUUCUCAGGAGGAAUCGGCCUGGAACCAAGGCAAAGGUGCGUUUUCACCUCCGGGGAACCCACAGACACCACUCAUAAUAACCUCUACACUUCUACGAUAUCGUCUUAUUCGACUCUUACUCUUUAAUUACACGUCUUUCGUCGACUACUGUAGUCGCAGACUGCAUUUAGGAAGGGCCUGACCUGGAAAUGGACGGCUAAGCUAAUGCUAACUGUCGAUCGGUCUACUUCUUGGAGUAACAUUGACUUCAAUGACUCUUGGUUUUGUUGUUGUAACAUUUCAGCGUCGUUGCUGAUCCGUCAGAUUUGACAAAGCUCAUGUAGUGAAUAAAAGUACACGGGAUCUUGAGACUCAAAGCAGUGUCAAACUCCUUACCUGUCGUCAAAGCCCGUUAACUGUUUGCUUCGCAGGAAAUAGUCGCACCCAAGCUGGCGUUAUUUGACAAAUGAAAACGAGUGAUUCUCAAUUUAGACAUAUUAUCCUCUCAGUAAAUCCACAAAUGCAGAGUCAUGCCUGCUUUGUCUAGCUUGUAUACUCCCCGUGUUGGUGUUUUAAAGUGUUAAAAUGGUAGAGUCAGGGAACAGAUUUGUGCUUGUCACCGUCAGAUGACAGCUGCUGUGUAGCUUUGUUUACACAGACAGACCCGGUGUCCUCCUGAAAUGUGGUCUAAAAGUGUCCUUCAUGUCCCUCCAUGUCUAGGAUUUCUACAACUGGCCGGAUGAAUCAUUCGAGGAGAUGGACAGCACCCUGGCUGUCCAACAGGUGUGUUUCCUUGUGUAUGUGUGUGUGUCCCUCCCACUUGGUCCUCAUGAUGUUAGAGUCUUUGUAUCUGGGAUCAGACUCAUACAUUUCAUCAGUUUAAUAUUCAACCCUCAUUUGAUUACAUAUCUAAAACAUGAUCACCCUGAAAUCCAGAUGAAUUAUAGAUGGUUUUAUCUAGUGAUAUCAUGAGUUAAGCAUUAGUCAUGAAAAGAGGUAUGUAAUGUACAUUUGAUCUCCUUUAACAGCCAAUAAGAGAAUAGAAAUUGAGUAAAUCACAAAAUUUCUUCACAUUUCCUUUUUUAAUUCCUUUUUAGAAGACAUACUUCUCAUAUCAGUUGUUUUUAAAUGUCCGUUAAGUUAUGUCUGAAAUUUUUAACUUGGCAUGUCCUUAUAAUAAAUCCAUAUUUACUUUUUGGACAUUUUAGAAAUUUGAUUGUUGACCUGUUAACAUAGCUGUGUAUGAUGAGAUAAGAACAACUUUAUUUAUCCCCAAAGAGAAAUUCAAUAAUUGCUUUACUUAAAUUAACCUUUUAAUUAAACAUUCAAAUCAUUGUCCUUGUAUAUUUUAUGGCCAAUCUUGUAAACCUUGUCUUAUUCCACAUUUUAAUUUUUCCUGUUAGAUGAUUUUGAAAGCCUUCAAUUAAUCUGUUCUUUUUUCUACAAAUGCUCUGUGGAUUGUCUGUUAGUUGCCUCUGUAAUUUGACUCGAUAUCAGUGUGAUCGAGGAUAAUUGCUCAAUGAUCUGUCGAGUAUCAAUGAAUACAAAUAGAACCAAAAUGCAGGACCUUAGUUAGCAGGUACCAUGCCAGUUACUUUCUAGAGCGAAGUUUUUUUUUAGUCCAGAGUGACUGAAGUUAAAUCCAGUGACUCAUUUCUUUGUAUUUUAAUACCUGAAAUUUAAUCAUUGUUGCAUUAUAUACAGACACACAAAAAAUAAACAAAGGUGCUCAGAUUGACUGGCUGGUGACCAGAUUUGGAUGAUUUUCAGCCUGAUGGUCAUGAUAAGUGACCAGCUCAUCCUUUCAAAUAACUGAUUCUGUGUGCAAAUUAAAAGACAAUAAUCAAGGAGAUUAAGGGGUUAAAACUUCUAAUUUUCUCUGAGAGAACAGUCAUUUCAUAUUGAAUCUAGCAUUUGUUACAAAAUGAUUGAUGUUGCUGUUAAAUUGAAUCAGCAGGUCAGACCAUCAGAAAAAUUAGAUCAGAAUCCAUUAAAGAAACUGCAAUAGUGGUAAAUAAUUCUCUUUAUUGAAUCCUGCUUUUGCUGUUAGGGUCAGAGUAGACUUUGAAAAAUCUCUGUACAAUAAGUUCUUGUUCUUUUAUCCUACUAUGGCUAUAUGCAUCACUCCAGAAGAAUGUAGUCCAUAAACUCCACCCGUACAUAUUUUAUUCUAAACUAAAGGAGUACAGUAAUAUUUUUCAUAUGUGUCCUAACACAUUUGUUCUCAUGACUAUAUGUACACUGAGACAGCAGGAGGAAUGCCUGCCGUCAUCAUAACUCCUGUCCAUACAUGCAGUGAAGCGUUCUCCUCCUAAUACUAUCACAAUGUUUGCUCCUUAUACAGUUGGAAAAGUCAUUCCUUAUGUCCUCUAAGGUUUCUAUUAAAAGCUUUUGAAGUCUGCCGUUGUUGAAGAGUUAGAGUUUAUUUUAGUUCCAGAUGUCCUUUUGUACGUAUUGUUUCUAUGCCGUGGCUUAGCAGGGAAUAAUAAAAGGAAAUUUACAUUGAGACUUUGAAGAUACCCACAGCUCUAACCCUACUGUGGGCCUCAUAUUGAAUGUACUAAAAUGCAGAUACGGAUUCUGCAUUGAAAGAAGAAUAAAUAGUGGAUAAGCAGUGUAUUUUCUUUGUAUGAAAAGGUUGUUUUGGAGUAAGGGUCUCUGUGAAAGAAUGUCUGACUUUUGUGUUUCAGUACAUUCAGCAGAACAUCAGAUCAGAUUGUUCCAAUAUUGACAAAAUCUUGGAGCCUCCAGAGGGUCAGGACGAGGGCGUGUGGAAGUACGAGCACCUCAGGUAGGUUCAAAACACACAUUCAGGUUGUGUUUCCCGCGAUCAGUCUGGGUCAUAAUAGUACAUAACUAUUUGCAUUUCACUGUCAAAAGUUAGGAAGUAACAGAUGUGUAUUGUCCUGUUUUUUGACACUCCUCAGCUGGUGUACCAUACUAAGAAUGGAACUAGACACUCUGAAAUCUAUUGCUGAGGGGUGAAAGGGGACAGUAUUGGAUUAAAUCUCUCCUAACCUGAUUUUAUUGGAGUAGAUGUAUAUGUAACAUUAUAAAUUAUCAACACUUUUAAUGUAGUUUUAUUUUCUUUACUGGUAUCUGGGUGUGCUUUCAAGUGUUUAGGCUGGUCUCAUCCAAAGUCAGCCAGACUGUUGCCUGAAGUGCAUCAGGGUCCACUGUACCAAACUUUUCUAUAAUGUACUAAACCUGUUGAAUCCUCCUCUGUUCUGUUUGCAGGCAGUUCUGCUUGGAGCUCAACGGAUUAGCUGUAAAACUGCAGGUAAGUGCUCUUACUCGCUGGUUAUGCAGAUGUACAUCUUUUUUUGAUAACCCAAAGCAUGUCGGAGUUAUGUCAGAUUUGAUAGAUUAUCGUAAGAAAUUAAAAAACGUUUCAUUUCUUCUAUUUGUUUGUUGCUUUUCCUGCAGAGUGAAUGCCAUCCAGACACCUGCACUCAGAUGACCGCCACAGAGCAGUGGAUCUUUUUAUGUGCUGCCCACAAGACACCCAAAGAGGUCUGUCUACCAUUACUGAACAUAGCAAUACUUUUGUUCAGUUCAGUGUUCCCUCUGGAGUUGAAUUCAACACAUUUAGGAUCCCUGAGUGAGUGUUAUUUGUGCUGCUGUUCCCUCAGUGCCCUGCCAUUGACUACACCAGGCACACGCUGGACGGAGCUGCCUGUCUUCUCAAUAGCAACAAAUAUUUUCCAAGCAGGUCAGUCAUCUUAUUCAAACCCAUUAUGUUACCAUGUCAGACAUGUAGACUGAAUGCAAAUGUUACUGACGCCUGAUUAAAUAUUAAUUGUGUGUCCUCUAUAACAAGAAAGUGCAGCGUUACUGUACUUGACUUCCCUUUAAUUGUUUGCUCUGUUGUUGCAGGGUGAGCAUCAAGGAGUCAUCAGUGGCCAAGCUGGGCUCCGUCUGUCGGCGUAUCUAUAGGAUAUUCUCUCAUGCCUACUUCCAUCACCGCCAGAUAUUUGACAAGUAUGAGGUAAGGCUCGUUCUUUCAUGUUCUGCAGGUUUUUUUUUCUAGAGCCACUCUCUUAAAUUUUAACUUAAAGGAGAUGUUUGUCUACAGUAAUGAUUAAACUACGAUCUGUUAGUAGACAGCUACAUUUUCAUGUGGACUGCAGGCUGUAAAACCCAGAAAGUAGCUUUGAUUUUUUGUCUCAUCAAGGUGAACAUUCUUCUUUAAUACCUCGUCUUUAAUACACCUAAUGAUUCAACAACAGAAGAGAUAAGAGAUGGACAGAUAGAAAGACAUUAGAUAAAUGUAAAUGGCAGAAAUAAGAAAGAAAGAUUUGCGGCAGUAAAACCAUGGAUGACCAUAAAUCCAGUUAAUUGGCUAAAAUUUUAAAGUAGUUCAAAAGGAAAUAAAACGAUGCAGGGAGAGAGUUAAAACGAGAACAUUUAGUGCAAAAACAAACACCGUAAGUGAAUACAGCUGUACUGUGCCCACUGACCCACAGAAAUGACAUACAGUCCAUUUCAUGUCCAAACAUUUCUGAUCGUCUCAACCUCUGGAUACUUUUAGUCUGUCGCUCUGGCUUAUCCCUGAUAUCAGUGCCACCUGUCGCCGGCCCCAGCCUCAAUGGGGCCCUUAGCAAAAUUUGAUUUUGGGGCCCUCUAUUUCUGCCAAUAAUAUUAAUUGUCGAUCAUUCAUACCCUUUCACAAAUCUCUUUGAUUAACAUUCCAUGACAUGCAAACAUACCUUUAUCUUGGCGUUUUUUCUCUUCUUCUUCUUUCUUUUCUCUGCUCCUGAAGGAUAUGUCCUUUUUUGCGACAUUGUUUUGCCCCACAACAACCUGCGCUCUAGAUGCUCAGUGCACAUUGCACAGCAGGAGGCACCUAAUGGUAGCAUAGCUUUGACAUAUCGGCAGUAAGAAUCAUAGGCAUACAUCAGCAGCAGCACUGAAAUGUUUUUACUUUAUCUUUAUAUAUUUGAUCAUAUAGGAAGCAUCACUCAUACAUGCAAAAAAAUUUCAAAUUAUUUUUUUUUGAUUGCUCUUGGGGGCCCUCUACUGGCUGCUGGGCCCUAAGCAGGCGCUAAGUUCGCUUAUACCUCGGGCUGGCAGGUGUCGGCUCGAGCUGUGGUUAUGGGUACGAACAGCUACUUAAAGGCAGAAUAAGGUUCCGAGGCUUCAUUUAAUUAGUUGACAGCUUUUGAAAAAAUGUCGUCUGUAAGUAACAUGUAUGAGUUUGUGAGGCAACUUGUCAGGAGUGGCUCCACCUGUGCUCGCUCUCCUAUUCCCUUUUUCUACUCCUUCCUGCAGGAUUUUAAAAGGUUGAACCCUUUUGGAGGUAGAAGGAGCUCUAGUUUGAAAGCAGAAAGUGGACUAUAUCAAUUAAAAAAAAAACGUGACUACACAGGCUUUUAAUUGUAAGCAUGUGUCUAAAAACAGACUGCAUAAAUCUGGAGUAAGUUUCUGUUAUCUUUCUCAGACCGCAGAAAAAAAAAGAUUUCACAGCUGCCGGUUUCUUUACUCUCUCUCGCAGCCCUACAGUGUGCACGGUUUCAUUGUUGUGUCGUUGUUUUUUUUAUGUGAACAGAACGAGACGUUCCUGUGUCACCGGUUCACACGCUUCGUCAUGAAGUACAACCUGAUGUCUAAGGACAACCUGAUCGUGCCCAUUCUGGAGGAGGAGGUGCAGAACACCUCGUCAGCCGGGGAGAGCGAGGCCUGAGACGACGACGACGGACGCUGCUGCCAUACGAGAGAAGACACACAUGUAAAAACACACUGAGGAGACGCACACACAUUAACACACAAACAGCAUACACACACUACAGUGUAUUCAGCCUCCAUGUCCCUCCUCCUCCCUCGUCACCUGUGUCUAUCUCAAAAGAGGAGAGUAAAGAGGAGCAGAGUUCAGCCAUGCCUGCAGGGUUUUAGUUCCUCUCUGUUCGUCCAAUCAGAUCCACCGAUCACACUCCUCCUCUCAUUAAACCUUAUUUCCUUUUUAAUCUUCUUUAAGCAGCUGGAUUUGCAAAAACUUCUGUAAUCAUGGUGACCUGUAAUGUUGACAAAGGCACACACUGACAGCCUCCCCCCUCCCCUCUCUCUGUAUAUAACCCCCUCUCUCUCCCUCCCCCCCUUCCUCUCCCUCUUUUAAUUCACUGUCAUGUUUUUCGGAUGGUGCUUCACUCUCUGUGUCUGCUUCCGUUCUCUAUUUGCUUGUGUUGCCUGUUUUUUGGGGGGUUGUCUCAUGAAAUGGAUCACUAAAUUAGCCUGCUGACGUCAUAAUAAUAAUGCUAUUAAACACAAUGUUAGGUGUGCGGCUCGUGUGGUAGUGAACAAAGACAAACUUAACCUCUUUAGCUUCGUACGUGUACUAGCAGUCAGAUAUUCUCUCUCGGAGUAUUUAGGAAGGCUUGUCGGCUAACUCUGAUCCUGCUUUGUGACCUGCCCCUGUUUUUAAUACUGUAAAAAUGUACCUGAUCUUCCACCUUUUCAUUCGCUAAUAUUAACGUGGUUAUGCGCAGAGACUGAGCUGCUGUAAGCCGGUUUUUAAACAUUCUAUGAGGACAAUGUUGGUGGAAUAUCAGCUACAUUUAGGUAAUCGGAGCACAACCUCCCCUCUUCCUCCCCUCCCUCCUCAUUAAGUUAUUUUGUGGGAGGAGUCUCGUCAAUCCAGCCCACUUUUUUUUUUUAAUGGACUAAAAAAUUUUGUUACUGUUGACAUUUUCAUGAUGUCUGUUAAUAAAAAAGACCUAUUAUUCAGAUG